AUGGCAGAAUCUGCACCACAAAGGUAUGCAGUUGUGACUGGAUCAAACAAAGGAAUUGGAUUUGAGAUAGUUAAGCAGUUAGCUGAAGCUGGAAUCAAAGUGGUGCUUACAGCAAGAGAUGAGAAAAGAGGUCUUCAAGCUUUGGAAACACUCAAAGCUUCUGGUUUAUCUGAUUUUGUUGUUUUUCAUCAAUUAGAUGUGGCUGAUGCUGCAAGUGUAGCUGCUCUAGCAGAUUUUGUCAAAUCACAGUUUGGCAAACUUGAUAUUCUGGUUAACAAUGCAGGGAUUAAUGGAACUGUAAUUAAUGACAAAGAUUUAGCUACUGUGCUUAUCUCUAACCCUGGAGCAUUAUCAGAAGAUGAAAAGAAAAAGGCAGUGACUGAAACAUAUGAGUUAGCUGAAGAAUGCUUGAAAAUAAAUUAUUAUGGUACUAAAAUAACUACUGAAUCAUUUCUGGCACUGCUAAAGUUAUCCGAUUCGCCAAGAAUUGUGAAUGUAUCAUCCAUUCUAGGGAAGUUAGAGCGCAUACAAAACGAAUGGGCUGAAGAAGUCUUCAGCGAUGCUGAUAACCUAACCGAAGAGAAAGUGGAUGAAGUACUAAAGAAGUUUCUACAAGAUUUCAAAGAAGGCGGGCCUAAACGCAGGGGUGCUUAUGUCAUAUCUAAAGCUGCUGUAAAUGCUUAUACAAGAAUUGCUGCUAAGAAUUUUCCUACUGUAAGUAUCAAUAGUGUUUGCCCGGGUUAUGUCAUCACUGAUAUAACUGCAAAUACCGGUAUCUUAACUGCUGAAGAAGGUGCUGCUAGUGUUGUCAAGCUAGCACUACUUCCCAAUGGUAGUCCGUCUGGUCAAUUCUAUAGCAGGACUGCAGUGUCUUUGUUUUGA